AAGCAUCGGGCGAAGAAAUGUGCGUAUAGUUCGACCGUUUGAACGUUAGAGGCGGUAAUUCGUGGAGCGUACCUUUGGCCAAAUUUCUGUCAUGCUCAUUGACAACCAUCCUACUCAUCUCUGGGCACUAUCUGAAUGAACUUAGUUAAUUUUUGUAGCAGACGAAAAACAUAACCUUUUAUUUCAAGAUACUCGUUUCUUGUUAAAAGUUCGAAUGAAUUAGAAUAAAGGUUAUUUAUUGCCGUAUGCAUAAUGGCGAAUGACAGGGAGGUACUGAGAGAAAUUUGGGAUGGUAAAAUUCCUGUUUGUUUUACGCUUGAUUCCGAGGAAAUAUGUGAAUUACAAGGACCCGACCCAUUUUAUCUUAUGGUGCCUAGGUUAAGUUAUUUCCCACUAUGCACAGAUAAGAUACGAAAACAUUUUAUAAGACAUAUACAAAGUGACAGUAAGCAGGAGCAUGAGAUGUGGUUAGAAUUUAACGGUAUCCCCCUAAAGUGGCACUAUCCAAUUGGUGUUCUUUUGGACAUCUAUUCCAAUGACGUUGAAUUGCCUUGGAAUAUCGUCGUUCAUUUUGACAGGUUCCCAGAAAAUGUGCUGAUGCACUGUCAAAAUAAAGAAGUAGUGGAAGCAUAUUUUCUCUCCUGUGUAAAGGAAGCAGAUGUAUUAAAGCACAGAAGCCAGGUUGUAUCCAGUAUGCAAAAGAAAGAUCACAAUCAAUUAUGGUCUGGUUUACUUAAUGAUAAGUUUGAUCAAUUCUGGUCUGUAAAUCGAAAACUUAUGGAGGCUAGUAACACGGAGGAAGGUUUUAAGUAUAUACCAUUUCGAUGUUAUAUAAGCGAAGACAAAUAUGUACAAAAACUUGUAAAACCUGUAAAUGAGGAAGGCCAAAGGAAGACGUUAAGGCAUUUGCUGAACGAAGUAUUCCCAGACAAUGAAAAUGUUACAGUGUUCACUCAUGGUAUUAGCCCACCUUUGGAAACACCCCUCCAAUGGAUGUCAGAACACAUGAGCUAUCCUGACAAUUUUUUACAUUUAGUCGUGACAUCAUAACCCACGAUGAAACAGCCAAUUGACUAAUUAUCAAUGAAAUCGUGAGUUAAGUGCUGUUUUCUCUUACCAGUAUUACUGGUAUUCUAAUCAAGAUCGCUAUACUACGGGUCUUUUUAAUAUUAUGUGCUUUGUCGUAUAUUUAUUUUAUACGAAGUCAUAAAUGACCCUCUAAUUUUUCCUGGAUGAUAUCGGUUAAACGCAAAGCUGUUACUGUUGCUUAUAUUCUUGUAACGCACGAACAUACUCAAACUCUGUCGUAACGUUGGACGGCAACGUUGGACUUGUGCUAAAAUCGAAUCGAUAUUGGACCACGUUUAUUAUAGAUCGAUCGGAUUGUAAUUCAAUUCACAAUAUUGUAUCCGGAAGGAAAUAUAUUGUAUAAAUAUAAUUAUAUAAAUAUUUAAAGAAUCAUUUAUGUAUAUAAACGUAUUAAUUGCUAUUGUAUUGGAUAUCGUAUAAAAUCAAUGUGAAUAUCUUAAGUAGGAAAUGAAACGAGGAUUGAUUGCUAUCUUAUUUGAAGAAAAAAGGGAAAUGAAACAUUAAAGACGCUAAACUAUAAAAUAGAGACAUGGUCGUUUAAUUUACAAUCGAGAACCAUAAUUGGGUCAUAAAUUAGUUUAUUGCACAGCUAUCUCGAGGCUUUCGAUAUAUCCUUGAUAUUUGUGAGGAUAUGGUACUAUCGUUACGAGUUGCCAAAGAGCCGACUGGUCUCCGCACAAUAACAGGGUGGUUUCCGUAGCUACUAUAUUCCAUGGUUCUGCGACUCGUCCCAAAAGUUAAAUAGUUAACAAGUUCCUUUUUACUUUGUUGCUCCUGAAAUGUAGAGAUUUACGAGACAUUGAAAUAAUUAUUACUCGGAACAAUGUACAAAACCAUAUACAAUGUGUUCUUAAAAUACAAUUUAUGUAUUAAAACGAUUCUAAGUUGAGACAGAAGAUCAAUAAAAUGUUGUUUCUAUAUUUAAUUACAAUUUAAA